GGGGCGGGAGGGAGGAGGGAAGGCAGGCUGCCCGCCUCCCCGGCCCCGCUGCACGGAGGGAGCGAGAGCACGUUUUCCCCCGGCAGGGGAGAAAGAGUGUGCGCACGCUGCGGGGGAAAGUUUGAGGGGUGUCUGCGUGUAAUCAUUCUUUUGACCCUUCCCUGAACUCUUUGCGGUUUAUCACAGACAUCUUCAGCAAAGGCAUCGAACAGGACACGCUGUUCCAGAAAAGGUCGCGCCAGUGCCAGUAUAACAAAUGAGAAUUGGAUCAAACACCUGUUUUUGGUAGACGACACCCUGCCAGACAGCUUAUUAAUCAAAGGAUAAGCUGUUGGAACCAUUUGUAACCUCAUGUCUUCUGAAGAUUAAAUACUGGAUUAUUACACAAUUCAACAUUAUGGAAACUCCAUGUCUGGUGAUGUUUGUGUCGUUAAUGACAGAACAGAAGUGAUGACAAGCUGCACUUUGACAUCAAGAGCCAGCUAAACCUUCCUAUAGAUUGCAGAACCAGCUACAAAUAACCUGUGAGAAACAGCAGCAAUAUUGACUGGACAAGUUGCUUAAACUGUUCUGACUAUUGGUAAAACCUGGUGUCUUAAACGUCUCAUCCCCUACACAUGAUCUUUCAGGAUCAAGCAGAACAGUUCUUUAAAAGUGGACAUACAAAUAACUGGGCAGUUUUGGUGUGCACAUCUCGGUUCUGGUUUAAUUAUCGUCAUGUGGCAAAUACUCUUUCAGUAUACAGAAGUGUCAAGAGGCUGGGCAUUCCUGAUAGUCACAUUGUCCUGAUGCUAGCAGAUGAUAUGGCAUGUAAUCCCAGAAAUCCCAAACCAGCUACUGUGUUUAGUCAUAAAAACAUGGAGCUAAAUGUCUAUGGAGACGAUGUCGAAGUGGAUUACCGAAGCUAUGAGGUUACUGUCGAAAAUUUCUUGCGUGUAUUAACAGGAAGAAUCCCACCAAGCACACCACGAUCUAAACGUCUUCUUUCUGAUGACAGAAGCAAUAUUCUAAUAUAUAUGACAGGCCAUGGUGGAAAUGGUUUCCUAAAAUUUCAAGAUUCUGAAGAAAUCACAAAUGUAGAACUUGCUGAUGCCUUUGAACAAAUGUGGCAGAAAAGACGGUACAAUGAAUUGUUGUUUAUUAUUGAUACUUGUCAAGGAGCAUCCAUGUAUGAACGAUUUUAUUCACCUAAUAUAAUGGCCUUGGCUAGCAGCCAAGUAGGGGAAGAUUCUUUAUCACAUCAACCUGAUCUUGGGAUUGGUGUUCAUCUUAUGGACAGAUACACGUUCUAUGUGCUGGAGUUCUUGGAAGAAAUUCAUCCAGCCAGUCAGACAAAUAUGAAUGACCUAUUUCAGGUCUGUCCAAAGAGCUUGUGUGUUUCCACACCUGGGCACCGAACUGACCUCUUUCAGCGAGACCCUCAAAACGUCCUGAUAACAGACUUCUUCGGCAGUGUGAGAAAGGUGGAAAUUACAACGGAGACCAUUUCUUUGGACCGUGACUUAGCUGGUUUUGAAAGCAAGCUUCCAAGGGAUGAGGUGGCAACAGAACCACUAAAAUAUGCUGAACAACUUCCUGUAGCUCAGAUAAUACACCAGAAACCAAAACAAAAGGACUGGCAUCCUCCUGGAGGAUUCAUUUUGGGUCUCUGGGCACUAAUCAUCAUGGUUUUCUUCAAAACAUAUGGAAUCAAGCACAUGAAACACGUCUUCUGAAUUCAGGCAAGAUGAUUGCAGUGACUGCUACUUUGGAUUCAUUGGUGUCAUCUGAGUUCUAUGUCUUUAGUAUGGUUGCAGUGAAAAAGUGUUGAGAUCUUGGUUUUAAAAGUUCAUCUGAAGCCGUCUCUUCUGCCCCUAUUUCUGAAAAGUCUAACAAGUGGUUUUCAUUAUAUACUUUAUUUACUUUAUCUUGUUAAUUUUAAUGCUUUUCUGAGCAAUUUUUCAUCCUGGUUAAACUUAAAAAGAGAGGAGCGACCUAAACACAGUAACAGAAUUUCUGAGAUUGAUUGUGAAUUGUAAAUGGGCAAAUUCUUUCCCCCGUACUUCAAACUAAAUCUUGGAAGUAAUCAGCCUAUCACUGAAGAACUAGACAUUGUGCAGAAUGUUAUUUAAGACGUCAUUUUAUCCAUAAAACCUUAAGCCACUUUGCAGACUCUUUCCUGUUAAAUACAACCCUUAGAUCAGCCCUUUCGCCUUAGUCAGUUUUGAGUCUGGCAUUCUAUGAGUUGGUGAAACAAAAAUAUAUGUGACCUAAGGUGACUUCUCGUUGUUCAUAAGGAACCCUUCAUAGGUGUUGUAUUUUCACUCCAUACAACACGGAGCUGGAUGCUUUCAGGAUUUUCAGUGCACUGGAUAUUUUCACAGAAGAAAAUAGACUCUGGCAUCAGGAUGAAAAACGUUAUGAAUUGUACUAUUGUAUUCUGUAGUUUCUGAGCCGUUGGAAAAUGAGCUUUGUCACCUAGGAUCUGUACAUUCUGUUUUGGCAUAUUGAUUUGUUCUUCUUGGACAUUUACUGAUGAAUGUAUGCUAAAAGGGUUUUGUCUGUAUCAUAUACUGAUAUCAGUGAAGAGCAAGUCUGUGCAUGUAUAGCAACAAGACUGUCAGCAGGGAAAGGCUUUUGCCGUGUGCUUGUGGAACCUGUUCUCGGGCUUAAUCACAAUAAAGCUUACAUGGUGCGUACAUGGUGUACAUGCUA